CUGAGAGUCUGGGCCGGGCUGGCGUGUCCUACGCCCUACGUGAGAGGGGAAUUUGGUACCCACCUACGCUUUCUCAGCCAAAUACAUUACAAUUCCAUCCUCAUGCCUGAUUCAUGAACCAUCGACCCCAGCAUCACCCGUUUGGACGCAGUAUCGCGGUAUCCCUGAGCUGCCCCGCGCUUCCCCGCCACCACCACCAUGGCGGGUCUCUCCGAUCUUCCGGAGGAGAUUCUGCUCCACAUCUUGUCGUUCCUUGACCCGCGCGAGAUUACCAUUCUUCAGCUUGUCUCCCGCGGUUUUUACAACCUCGCCCGCGAUGACGCAUUUUGGCGAGCCCGCUGCCUGGAGGAGUCGUCCUUCCUCGACGUCCUCCAUCGCCGCCGGCGCCUGGCCAAGCAAAUACACCAAGCCCUCCAUGGCGGGGCGGCCACGACGAUCAACGGUGUUGGCAGCAGCACUGACGACAGUGACGACGAUGGCGACAGCCCGAGACGCACAGCUGAGUCGCGCGAGCGCGAGCGCGUGCGCAUCAUGGCCAAUUGGGACCCCUGCUUCCCCUCUGAGCGCGUGUCGUGGUACGGCGAGUACAUCCAGCGGCACGGCCCCGUCGUGGUCAACUGGAUGCAAUACGCUUACGACGAAGACCGGGCGUCGCCCGAAAAUUUCAUCGAGGCCCGCGGCGUCGCGCUGUAUUACCCUGAUGGCGAGUUGGGGGAGACGGUGCUGGCAGUGUCGCCGCUGGACGAUGGGGGCGUGUGCUUGUGGGAUGUCGGCGGUACGCGAGGGAAGCGUGGGGCAAUUGUCGCCCGGAGUAGGCCGGGGAUAUUGUUCAUUGACGGGCCAGAGGCGGAUAACCGCCGACGGUCCAAAAGAAUCGAUUCAGGAGUGACCGAAUGUGUCAGCGUGGACAGUCGGCAGCAUAAGGCUUUUUUUGCUGUGCAAAGCCAUCUCAUUGAGGUUGACCUACAGCGACUCUCAGUGGUCGACUGCGAAUCGUUCCCAUGGUCAAUCACGGCUUUAUCCGCAGCGAGUCCAAGUGUACCACUCACUAUCGGCACAAGCCUCGGCAUCCAUCUGCAUGACUACCGAUCGCGCAAACCGCUACGGAACGACGAAAGCGACAGGGUCGACGGCUUCGAACGGAUGGGGGCGAAGGCGUUUUACGAGCGCAGCAUUCGGCAUAUCUUUGACGACGAGCCGCUCCCUCCGUACGCGCCAUUGUCCCAACCAGGACCCCUGAGCAUACUCCAUCUCCAACAGCCGGGACGGGAAGCCGACCUGUCGGACGACAUCUACGUGGCAGGCCGUUUUUCCAACAUCCUGCACUACGACCGGCGCAAGUUCCCCUCGAUCCGGGGCUCUAUCCACUCAGGCGCAAGGCUCUGCAGCAUGACCUCCCUCCCUUACCCGUUCUCUACGCUCGACAGCGAAUUGCGGCGCAAGGGAGAGCUGUCGGUUGAGCAGGUGGAAGCGUCCAAGAGCGCAGUAGGCGGGAGGACGCUGGUUGCCUGUGGAGAAUACAACACCAAGGGGUCUUUAGAACUCUACGGCCUCACUAGCAGCGAUUCGGCGCACACGAGCACGCCGGGAGGCCUGCAGAAUUGCACCUUCAAGAAUCGCCAGACGUGCUCGCAGUCCAAGCUGCUGUCCGUGGUGAACCAUGGGACGCGCAUCGCGUUCUCGGACGGGUCGGGCUACAUCAAGUGGUUUGAGCGCGACGGCUUCACCGAAGUGCGCCGCUGCAGGAUAGGGCAUAGCGAAAGAAGCCAGGGACCCUCCAUCUUCGCCUCGAUGCCCGGGUCCGACGACAUGGCGCGAAAACUGCUGCCCACCCGGCCGGCUGCGAAGGCUGGCAAUGGCACAGGCGGCGGACAGGCCACCAAUGUUGACGACCUGCUCUUCUGGACAGGCGAGAAGCUGGGACUAGUCACCUUCUCGGCGCGCCCGGGCUUCACGGCCGAGGAUUUCGAGCAACAAGCCGAGAUGCCCGAUGCCGAGACUCUGGCUGCGCAGAACGAGUACAGCGAGAUGAUGCGGCGCGCUCUGGAGAGGCAGGCGGACGAUGUCCGGUUCGUCCGGGACCUGGGUCUCCCGUCGUUUUGAUGAUCUUGGCGUUGUUGUCUAACUAGCGACGCGGAUGAAACAAUGGCGGCGGGCGGCAUCACCUCUGUCUGCGACACCGAGUGGAGGCACGUGUCCGAAGCAGAGCGCUCCGAUCGGGUUUGGUU